CAGAGUAAUGAAAACUAAUACCAGCCUCUGCCACAGAAGCCGCUUAUUUGCCAUUAAGUGACAGCAGACACGCCUCAUGCAUUGGUUGGGUGAUUCCCUUAAACAGUUUCGUUUCCUCGAAACUGCGUGUCGGCGAGUACAAUAUAAAGGCUGCAGAAGAAACUGUCAGCCAGCACUCAACCAGCUGCACGACAAAUCCACCACCAUGAAGUCUCUGGAUAUAACCAACCUCACCCUGCUGCUGUCACUGUGUUUGUGCAGAGCUGGAAGCAUGUCUGUCUCUGACAAAGUGCUGGAGGUUGAAUCGUCCGUUGGUGAAGAUUGUGUUCUUCAAUGCACCACCAAACCAAAGCCUGGUGUCCAGUACAGUGCAGUGAGGUGGUACAAGGUCGGAGAGCCUCCGGCGUCUCGUCUGUCGGGCCUUUUGACCAAAGAGCUCCCCAACGGCACGACGCGCUGGUACCUCGGCGUGGACCGGGAGAUGGAGAUGCUGGACGAGUCGCGCGACAUCUUCCUGCCCAACGUGACGUGUGACGACGGCGGGCUGUACCUCUGCCACCUGGCGGCUCCGGUGGGGGAGCAGAACCGAGAGGAGCAGGUUCUCCUCACCGUAGAAGGUUGUCCCAUAGAAGCUCCCACAGAAAUGUUGACGGACACUUACUUGGUCAUUUUCGCCACAGUGGUGCUGAUCCUUGCACUCGUGAUUUUCCUCAUAAGCUAUGGCAGUCUGAAGAACGUCCUCCGAGACAGAACCAAGACGCCAAAAAAAGAAACUUUACUGGAUGCACCUCUCAAACCGCUUGACCAAAAGGACCUUCAGUCGAUAUACAGGUUGGGUCCUAAAGCGCCUAAAACAGCCACGAUGAAGCAUAUCUACGUUUAAAGACGAAACUGGGAAGAUGAUCGACCUGAAGACCGAGAAGACCCCCCCACAAAAACAGCUUCUUUUUAACGUAAGGACGUCCUCAAGUUACCACAUCUGUUAGUGUCCGACUGGUGUUUGACAUUAAAUGAGCUGAAAUCCAGCUUCACCUGCAGCCUCCUAACUGGGACGCUAAUAAUCCCUUUAACUGGACAACCUUCAAUCAAUAAAGCAUUAUUUUUUUUAAAUUGAAUCCCCCAACUCUAAAAAUCUUCAGAUGAGGACGAGGACCAACUCGCAGAAAACUCUUCAGGAGCUGAAAAGAAAGAAAUGUGGACACAGAGUGGGAUCUUCCUCCCCGGAGGGUCAGCAGCACAGAGAGGAGACGUGAAACCGGACGGGGAGAUCGGUGGCGGUGGCGGUGACGGCGGGGUGGUUGUGGCUCCGGGGGGCGGGGUUCAAUUCCCGACCUGUCAGAGUGUCCUUCAGCAAGACACUGAACCCUGAAGUGGCAUCAGAGAGAGAGAGAGAGGGAGAGAGGGAGAGAGGGGGAGAGAGGGAGAGAGAGAGAGAGGGAGAGAGAGAGAGUGUGUGGCCUGUUUUCGAUGGUUCAAAACUGCUGCAACAGUGAGAGAUUUUUUUUCAAGAUAAUUCUUUUUGGGUUUUUUUAAACCACUUGAUUGUUUUCAACCACAUAUAUGGUCAUUUUUUAAAAUUAUAAUUUAUUAUUAUAAUGAGUCGCAAUAUUUUUUGGUGAACAAAUAAGCAUAAAUAUAAUUUUUUUAUAUAUUUUUAGAAAAUUAAUUGGCCUUUAAGUAAAAUAUCUUCUAUUUUUAAAAAAUAUAUAAGAUAAAUAUAAAGUGAACAAAUAAAUUAAUAAUUAAAUAUAUAAAUAAAUAAAUAAAUACCAAAAAAAAAAAAGGAAAUGAACAUGGUGUAAUAUCCAUGAAUUUUCAUGCUGUGUUACCACUGCACAGUUGAUUAAAAGAUAAUGGAUAAAUAAAUUAAAUAAAUAAUUUAAAAAAAUAGAAAAUAAUGUAAUUAAAUAGACUUAAUUUCUUAUUUCUGAGGUAAAAAAAAAAAGUGAAAUAAAACGAGAUUAAAGAACUAGAUAAGACUGAUAAAAAGGCAGAAAAAUAAAAAUGACUAUGAAUAUAAUAAAAGUAGUAAAAUAGAGUUAUAUUAAAUAAAUAGAUAAACAAAAUUGAACAAUAUAAAUAAUAACAAUAAAUAUUACAAAAUAGAAUUAAAUACUACAAUAACAAUAAUUAACUAAAAAAACUAAAUAAAAUAAAUCAAAAGCUCCAUUUAUUAAUCACCCGAAUCGUCUGUUCUGUUUUUCUUUUUACUGAAGCUGCAUUUUAUUUUUUUGUGUUUACUGGAGAAAAUAUUCUCCUGCAGACGUGUAGCUUGUAUGACACAUUACUGUUAAUUCUUUAUAUCAUGUCAAUUUAAUUUGACAUUUACUUUAGUCUUGUGACUGUUAUGUGGCUUUCAGUGCCCUUUUAAAAACAAGAACUGAGAUAGAAUCACAUGUGAGUUGCUAUUUACAUUUUAUCUGACCUUUAUUUGGGGAAACCCCGAGACACCGACACGCUGUCUAGGCGUUCUGGGUUUUUUUUAAUAUCAAAGAACUUCUCCUUUUUUAAAGUAACGACCAAAUGAUGUCAGGCUGAAUGAAGUCGACUUCUUUCACUUCACUAUUAUUAUAUAUCAAACAAAAAAUAACAUUUAAUUUACUGUCAUCUUUAUCUAAGAGCUUUUAUGUUAUUAUUUUUUAUUGUUAUUUGGUAACAUUUGGUGACGACACGAAUAAUGGCAGCGAUAAAAGCAAUUUAUUUAAUUUUUUCAAAAUAAAAUAAGUAGAUAUUGCUAGGAACAUCAGCUUUUUUGAGUGAGAGAGUUUGGGUUAAAAGUGUAAAAAGAUUUUGUAUCUAAUCAUUCCUUGGUUCGUUCACUCAUUAUUUUUAAUUGUUUUUUUUUACAGUAGUAGCCUCUUGAGCUGACGUGAAUACUCGCAGCGUUAAAAGCACUUUCUUUCAUUUUUUUCAAAAUAAAAUAAGUACGUAUAGACGUUUUCUGUUAAACGGAUCUGAGUCAUUAAAAUAGUUAGUUUUUAGUUUUUAGUUUUAGUCGACUAAGGAAUCCUUUCAUGUUUUUCUGUGUGGAACAAGAAGUAAUGGGGAGAAAAAAAACACUGUUUUAUAAGUGUGUUAAAUGACCAAACACUGUAGCAUAGUGCUGGAUUACUACUAUUAUAGUUUAUUAUGUUGUAUUUCUAAUAUGAGUUACAGCUCAUAAGACCUCCAUUGACUGAAAUCUGAAUGUAGUUAUGUGUGUUUUUAUGGGUCGGAUCAUGUGAAAAAUGGCCUUUCUGGCUGCGGGAAAGUAGUUUUGAGCCAAAACUAUUGUAUUUUUUUUUGUCUCUGAGUUUUAAAUACGGUACGAUCAGUUGAAGAAAAGAGUUAUAGGAAAAAGAACAUUGUUGCUGUUGAAAGUAAUGUUAUUUUUUCUUGUUGUUUAUGAUGUUAAAACAGUGAUGUGGGUAUUUUAUAGGUGAGAACAGUGCUGUUUGUCUGUUAUUAUCAAAGAGCAUAUUGCUUGUCAAUGAUUAAAGAUUCAUUUAGACAUGUGA